AGUCUCAUAUAGUCACUUACCGGUCGAAGCAAAAGACAUUAGCGGAAGCCUCCAGAAGAGUUUGACCAUUAUUUAUUGUUGCUACUAUGGCGUCGCGCAUCAUUGUUGUGGGCAACCAAAGCGGCGCCGACGCGCCGACGCUGACCGCCGCGCUGGCCUGCGCAGCCCCAGGCGACACCGUCGUUGUCUCGCCCGGCGUGUACGAAGAAACGGUGCACCUCGGCGUCGACGUUACGGUCAUGUCCGCCUCGCCAGCUGACGAUGAAGCGGAGGAGGGCAGCAGCGGAGAGGUGGUGCGGGCAACCGUGCGAGGCCCCAUUGUGGUGUCUGCCAACGCGAGGCUGGAGAACAUGGAGGUGCACGGUAUGGUCAGCGUGCGGAAGGGCCACGCGACUCUGGAGCGGUGCGAGAUCCACCACGGCACCGACGGCGUCCGCGCCUACGCCGGCACCACCGUCGAGGUACGCAGCUGCCGCAUCCACGACUGCGCGGCCGGGGGUGACGGGGUGUACUUCAUGAGUGGCGCCGCAGGGGUGGUGUCGGACACCGACGUCUACGACUGUCGUGUCCACGGCGUUCAUGUGCGAGGCAGCUCCGUUGCCCUGCAGGGCAACCGCAUCCGGGACUGCACCUUUGGCAUAUACUACGAAAUGUCUGCCUCGGGGAGCUGCGAGGGCAACACGGUGGAGCACGCGCGCCGCUUCGGCAUUGUCGUCGCAGACGCCAGCAGCCCCUCCGUGACGCGCAACUCGGUGCGGGAGUGCGGCCUCCUCUGCCUCUACGUCUCGAGCGGCGGAACGGGGUUCUGCAGUCAGAACACCUUCGACGGCUCCGUCCACAUCCUGUCCAACUGCCCCAUCCAACUCUCGGGCAACAGAAUCAGCGGCAUGGCAGACGUCGACCCGGCUGAUGUUGGAGAAAUAGCGGCAAUCUAA